AGAGGGAGGAAGUGUGGUGGGCGGCAGGGCGCCGCCGCCACCCCCCUACCCCCCACCCCACCCGAAUUGGUCGGCUCCCGCUAAAGAUGAAUAUUAUGGAUUUCAAUGUGAAGAAGCUGGCGGCUGACGCUGGCACGUUCCUCAGCCGAGCCGUGCAGUUUACAGAAGAGAAACUUGGGCAAGCAGAGAAAACAGAAUUGGAUGCUCACCUAGAAAAUCUUUUGUGUAAGGCAGAUUGUACAAAACAAUGGACAGAAAAGAUUAUGAAACAGACCGAAGUAUUGUUGCAACCAAAUCCAAAUGCUAGAAUAGAAGAAUUUGUUUAUGAGAAACUGGAUCGCAAAGCACCAAGUCGUCUGAAUAAUCCAGAACUACAGGGCCAGCAUAUGAUUGAUGCUGGAAAUGAAUUUGGCCCAGGAACAGCAUAUGGAAAUGCUCUUGUUAAAUGUGGAGAAACACAGAAAAGAAUUGGGGCAGCAGACAGAGAGCUAAUACAGACUGCUGCAAUAAACUUCCUUACACCUCUUAGAAAUUUUAUUGAAGGAGACUAUAAAACAAUUACUAGAGAACGCAAGCUAUUACAAAAUAAAAGGCUAGAUUUGGAUGCUGCCAAAACUCGACUGAAAAAGGCAAAAGUAGCAGAGGCUCGUGCUUUAUCUGAACAGGAAGUACGGAUAGCCCAAAGUGAGUUUGACCGGCAAGCAGAAAUUACUCGACUUCUGUUGGAAGGGAUCAACAGUACACAUGCACACCAUCUUCGUUGUUUAAAUGACUUUGUGGAAGCCCAGCUGACUUACUAUGCACAAUGUUAUCAGUAUAUGUUGGACCUUCAGAAACAGCUUGGAAGCUUUCCAGCUACGGUUCUUGCCAACAAUAACCAGUCAUCUUCAACCUGUAUUCCAAGUAGUUCUUCUAGUAAUAUGUCCUCAGCUACUGUUACACCCUCACUAUCUUCAAUAAGCAGUGCAGCAGCUUCUUCAAGCUUUGGUGAAUUGAAGCCCUCAAGUGGUAGUAGAAAAGCCAGAGUACUUUAUGAUUAUGAUGCUGCAAACAGCAGUGAAUUAUCACUACUUGCAGAUGAGGUGAUAACAGUGUACAGUGUCCCUGGCAUGGAUUCAGACUGGUUGAUGGGUGAACGAGGAAACCAGAAAGGCAAAGUGCCUAUUACUUACUUAGAACUGUUAAACUGAGUGGUUGGCUUGUAUAAAGACUGUCAGUUAUGGUGAGAUCAUAUUUAUAUGCAAUUUAACUUUAUAUAAACCAGAUUUAAGUGUCUUCCAUGUUAAUGUCUUAAUGGAUGAGAGUAACGAGCAUUAGACAUGGGCAUUUCUUGCCAGUAUUGUUGCAUGGUAGAUACUGUUUUGAGAACUAAGUUGUUUAAGGGCUUUUUACUUUAUGUGCCAAGAUUGUUUCGUACAUAACUUUGUUUCUAUUGAAAUUUUCACUAAUAACAGUUUUCUGCUUUUGAGUACUGUGAACCUGAAAGCAGGGCAAACAGUUUUCUACAGAACUUUUCAUAAUGACAAGCCUCUUCAAAAUAAUAAAUUGUUGAAAAAUUA